GCAGCGUCGCGAUCGAAUGACAGCAACUCUCACGGGCCGCGAGGCCGGCGAUCCUUCUGCUCCCAGGGGCCCCUUGCUCAGUGGCAGUAGGUGUCCCCCCAGCCAUCGGGGGAGAAAUGACCCCAGCUGACUCCUUAAGAGCUGUACAAACGACUUCUUGCAUAGGGAGUAGAUUGAUUCCCAUCACUGGAAAGUACUGGCAUCCUUGAUGCACGUUGCUGAUCCCUUUAAGAAGAGAAGGCAGGGAGGACUUGUGACCACUUGUCCCUCUCUGGAAAAGCUGGAGCUGGAGGGUGUUACCGGUGCAUUUGGGAGUUAGAGAUGUUGCCCUAAGUGGAAGAAAUAUCAGACUUUUCUUUGGGUUUUCUGCUUCCUUAAUGUUGCUUCCUAAAUCCCUCACCUUAACUACAUAUACGAAGACGUUAAAAGCUGUGUUUACAUCGGCUUCUACACCAGCAACUGCCAUGUUAGAGAAAUUUAAUUGACAUUUAAAGAAAUAAUCCUUAUAACCUAAUAAACCUUAUAAAAGUCGUAGAAUCUUAAGAAUUUUGAGCUGGAAGAACCUAAGAGAACUUGUAAUUCAGCUUCUUCAUUUCACAAAUGAGGAAACUGGCCCAGGGAGGCUGAGCCCAGCUGCUCCAAAGUACUCUUAUGGGGCUUUGGUUAGCAUUUUGCAUGAUGGUGAUUUGAAGAGAUGCACAGUACCUUUCAAUUGCUGUAGACAUAAAUGAAUUGUCUUUCCCCCCACAUUUGUAAGCUGAGGAAGAUACAGACCAAAGUAAAACUCUGGCAAGUCCCAAGAGAAGAGAAGCCAGUAAUACUGAAGUUACUGUAUUGGUGCCAUGUGACUGGUGCUGAGUGAAAAUGAUUCGAUUUCGCCCACCCAAGUUCAGGGCAUUUGGCCCGAGAACUUUGAAGUAAGGACGACGCUGUCAACAACAACAACGAAACAGUCACCAAGACGGGACAGCAUCUUGACCCAAAGCCUAGAGACAGAACUGCAGUACCACGGAAAGCCUGCAGCCGUGAGAUUCCACCUCGAUGUGUGGCUGGAGAGAGGAACUGCUGGAUCGAUGCUCCUCUGGAGAAAUUUCGGCGGUUGGCAGGACGUGGAAAAGCCAUCUCUGGCCGGCAGAAAGACCAUUUCCUUAAGCCUCCCACUUGGAAGCGAGAGUGCUUCAUAGAUAAGUCAGGCGGGCAGACGGCCUCAAGUCCACCCGCCCUCUCCUUCCUUCGCCGGGAGAGACGCCCACCGCCCUGUUUUGCGCCGGGCCACGCCCCUGCCCCGCGGGCUCACCCCACCCUACUAGUCGGGGGUCUAGACCCGGAGCCUUUUCCUACCUGGCCCCCUCGGGGCCUCGCCCACCCGCCCGUCUCGCCCGGUGGGCAGGUGCGGGGCAGUUCGUCAGCCAGGCGGGUCCCCGAGGGAGGGGGAGGCGUCCGCGGUGACGGAACAGAAGCCCCGAGAGCCUCGGCGCUUCCUCCACGGCCUCGGCCCGGCGGCGGCCACUCGCGCGCCGCUGGUCGGAGGCGCAGCGUCCGCUCACUCGCGGCCCGGCGGGCAGCAACUCCCGCUGCCGCCUACUCGCCGGCCGGGAAACCAGGAGAAGCCUCGGGGCCCAGGGGCGGUGGCGGCGAGACCCCGCCCCGCCCGGCCGGCCCGCUCCUAUCGCGGUCCGCGGCCUGGUCACGCGGGGAGUGGCGCCGCGGGCUCGGGACCAGCGCCCGGCGGCUGCCGGAGUCGCGGCGGGCCGGGGCCGGGGCCGGGGCCUGGGCGGGGGGCGGAGGGUAGAAAUAGGGGCGGGCGGGCCGCGUCAGUCCCGGAGCCGCGCGCGCGGAGCCGACCGAGCCACGCCGAGGGCGCCAAGCUAGGCGGCCGAGCCCGAGCACCCAUGCUGCUGCCGCUGGCCUGGGGCUCGCUCUUCUUCCCGGGGCUCUUCGUGCUCUGCACCUGGGGGCUGCGGCGCGCGCGGCCCGCCUGGACCCACAACGACUGCGUGCUGAUCAGCACCAGGCUGGUUUCUUCAGUGCAGGCUGUGUUGGCCACCGGGUCUGGGAUCAUCAUCAUCCGCUCCUGUAGCCACGUGAUCACCGACAGGCACUGGCUUGCCCGAGAGUAUGUCUGGUUUUUGAUUCCAUACAUGAUCUAUGACUCCUACGCCAUGUACCUCUGUGAAUGGUACCGAACCGGGGACCGGAGCAGCAAACAUACCCUCACCAUUUUUCGAAACUUCCUCAGUAAAAACCGCCUCAUGAUCACGCACCACGCAGUUAUUCUGUUUGUCCUUGUGCCGGUCGCACAGAGGCUUAGGGGAGAGCUUGGGGACUUCUUUGUUGGCUGCAUCUUCACGGCAGAACUGAGUACUCCGUUUGUGUCGCUGGGCAGAGUUCUGAUUCAGCUAAAGCAGCAGCACACCCUGCUGUACAAGGUGAACGGAAUCCUCACGCUGACCACCUUCUUCUUAUGUCGGAUCCUCCUUUUCCCCUUCAUGUACUGGUCCUAUGGCCAGCAGCAGGGACUGAGCCUGCUCCAAGUGCCGUUCCACAUUCCUUUCUACUGCAAUGUGGCCAACGCCUUCCUCAUCGCUCCCCAGAUCUACUGGUUCUCUCUGCUGUGCAAGAAGGCAGCCCGGCUCUUUGAUGCUCCCCCAGCCAAAAAGGAUGGUUAAUUGCUCCAUGAGUCAGGCAGUGAGGGCGCCUCCUCCACUCAGUAUUCCCGUGGACCAAACUGCAGAUUGUGCCCUGGGUGGCCUCAGCCUUUUGGGUAUUGAUAAGCAGAGGGAUUUGAGUUUUUCUAAAGAAUAUUCCUAUCAAUCACCUCCCGCUUCUAACCUGCCCCUUUUGCAAAAGCACUUUUUUCUUAGUAACAACUAUUGGAUCCCCUCAGACCUCCACUGGCAGCAAGGUGGUUUUAAUGCGAAGCCCAAGGAUCCUUCCCUGGGUCUUAUCUCAAGGGCUCUGGAGGUAGAAGCACGGGGUGUGGAGAUAGGUGGACCAAGGAGAUAAGGAGCUGGGCACCUGCCUGCUCUUCGUAUUGGCGGCUCCCCACCUUUCCAGCCACUCAGGGAGUGUCCACACAUACUGGGCCAGCAGAAGCAAGUGAUGACUUGGUUCUUUUCUUGUGAUGUUGGCCUGGGAAAAUCGUUUUGGGUAGGUAGUUUUUUUAUUGUUUACUAGAUAACCUGUUGGUCCUUUGCCUCAUCCUUUCAUCCAUGUGCCAACAUUGAAUUCUCCUGUCUACCGACGUCUGGUCAGAAGUCUCACUGGCGGGGUGGGGUAGGUGGCAGGGAUGGGAACCUGAAGCACCUGAGUAGGUAGGAAGGCCAACAGGUCAGCACCUCUGCAGGCUGACUUGGUUAGACCAGUGUCAAACUUGUGAGCUUGCUGUCAACAGUCACAGAUACUAUUCCCUUUUUAGCAUGUCCCUCAAGCCCAGCUUUCCCCAUAUCCACACACACAGGAUGCUCUUAUUAAAAACUAUAGGGGUAAAGUGAAAUGAUGGCUACCGAGCUAUUCUCUGGGUAACCCCACUCCUUGACACUGUCCUUUUCCCAUGAAGCAGAACGGACUGCUGUAUUUGAAACCAUGAGAUGUCUCAUCUAGACUGCCUCCUGAUAAGCCAGAGCUUGUGGUCCAAAGUCUGUUCCUAUCUGACUUAACUGCCAUUUAGCCACAGAAAGCUGGAGAGCAAGAGUGCAAGUCAGCCCUGGCCAAAUUAUGUUCUGUGGACUGACUCCUUCACCCACCAUUUACAGAUAGGAUCCUCUGGUGCCAACACUAAUUGUUCCUGAACGACAAGGAUGGGUUUUAGAAACUGCUACCGUGAAGUUUUUUCCCAAGCAGUAGUGAAAAACUAGAUUUUUUAAAGUGCCUUUUAAUUCACUGUUGUCUGUGAACUUUUAAAGUACUGAGUGUGUAACAGUGUCUCAAAUUUUGACUAUUUCAGUCUUUAAUGGGUGCCAUUUAAAAAACAAAAUGCUGUUAAUUUUUUUUUUUACCGUUUUGUUUACUAUCAGUAUAUCUUUAUAAAUCACCCCUGUGGUGACUAAAUUGCACUAAUAUUUUCGAACUUAUUCUCAUUUGUGAAAUAUACCCAUGCCGACUUCUGGUAA